UCACAGUGUGGAGAGGAAAAAGUCCAGGACACAACACGGAGUGGAUGUAAGGAGAGACGCGUUUAACAGUUUUGGGAGACAAGACAUGGACUUUUGACUUCACGUCGAAGAUUUGUGUUUUGGGUGAUCUGAUAUUUUUGCGCGUCGUUACGCACGAGAGAGCAACAGCUCCCGGUGUUCUGCAGAUCUCACCACAGCAGCGGGGUGUCCAGAUGAGAGCUGUAGCUCCAAAAGGUCUGAGGGGGCUCUGAGAUGCCUGCUGUAACCCUGCCAGGUGCCGUGUCCAGUGCUGUGGCGCCCUCUGCUGUGUGACCUAGGAAGGCAAGGAAGGGCAGGCAGGCAGCAUGGGGAACAUCCUGGAGGAAGGGAUGAACGAAGUCAUCGUCAGACACUACAACCACUCGGGGAAGUGGGACCUGCAUCGCAGCAGCAGCGCCUGUAAGAAGGCCGUGCUGCUUUUCAUCUGCGUGCUGAUCGUCCUGGAGAACCUCAUGGUCCUGCUCGCUCUCUGGAGGAACAAGCGCUUCCACAGCCGCAUGUACUUCCUCAUCGGAAACCUAGCGCUGUCAGACCUGCUGGCCGGUGUGGCCUACGUGGUGAACAUCUUCACCUCAGGGCGCAACACCUACUUCCUGACGCCGGUGCAGUGGCUGGCCAGAGAGGGGAGCAUGUUUGUGGCCCUCAGCGCGUCCACGUUCAGCCUCCUGGCCAUUGGGAUCGAGAGGCACAUGACUAUGGUGCGUUUGCGUCCGUGUGAGACAGCAGGUCGGGGGAGACUUCUCGGGCUGCUGGCAGCCUGCUGGCUUGUGUCAGUGCUGCUCAGUGCCCUGCCCAGCCUGGGCUGGAACUGCCUGGACAACAUGACCUCCUGCUCCACGGUGCUGCCGCUCUACGCUAAGAGUUACGUGGCCUUUUGCAUCAGUGUCUUCAGCGCGCUGCUGGUGGCCAUCAUCAUCCUCUACAUCAGGAUCUACCGCCUGGUGACCUCUAGCGGCCGCAGGGUGAGCAGCCGGCCUUCGGAGCGCUCGCUGACCCUGCUGCGGACAGUGGUGAUCGUUCUGGGAGUGUUUGUCAUGUGCUGGACCCCGCUCUUCCUCCUGCUGCUGCUGGAUGUGGGUUGCAGCCCAAAUAAGUGCCCCGUGCUCUACCAGGUGGACUGGUUCAUCGCCUUGGCCGUGCUCAACUCUGCCCUCAACCCCCUGAUUUACACUCUGUCCAGCAGGGAGAUGAGGGCGGCGUUCUUCCGGCUGCUGUGCUGCUGUCAGAGCAGCAUGGAGUCCACUGGGACUGCUGUGGCGGGCAACCCCCACCUGGGCACUGUCAUCCCUACGGCGGAGAACAGCAAGACGAGUUUGGGCGGGGGAGGGGGCAGUGGGGCUGGCAAGACCACGCUGAACAGAGGGAAGGUUCCCGCGCCUACGAACUCUGACAACAAGCAUGGAGACCCCUCAGCCACUGCUGUGCCUCACCCACCCGGACCUGCAGACCUGCUCUCAGCUGUGCUGGUGAAGGCGGGGGCGCUGCCACCCCUCAGCAAGUUCUGAGCAGAAGCACCUUAAUGAGGCCCGACAGUCACACAGUUGCAGAACUGACAUACUCCUGCUAUCAGCCACUUUUUGUUAAUGCACUACGGCCGGUGUAGCCAGAAGAAGACGAAGUGAUGAUAUUCAGUUGGAACCACGCAAGUGCAGAUGAGAGUACGACCACAUCAACCAAAGCCACUAUUUUCAUCAGCUCUACAAUAUUACUGCCAACACCGGAGAGACUGACAGGUUGUGUUUGUCUUACAUGAUGAUUAAUGUUGACAUUUCGAAAUUACGAAUUACAAAAGGAGAAUUUCAUGGACUAAUACCAAGCCCCAAGGCAAACCUCUUGGCCUGAUUCAACAGCAGAUUAUAAUAUUAACUUUAUCAGUGUUCUUUUUUUUUUUUUUUGGUUCAUUGUGUCACUAUAAGCAGAAAAGAUUAACUGGGGCACUUUUUUUUUGCAUGUGCUAUAUGCAAGUACUCAUAAGACACCAGCAUUUUCCAUCACAGCCUGACUUGGUAAACUAUUUAUUUUCUGUGAAAACAUUUGCCAUCUUAAUACUAUUAGUAUAACUUUUUGUUAUAGUUUGUGUGCAUGUAAACCAUCAUGGUACUACGACUUCAGUGUUGAUUUUGUUACAAUAUGAGAUGCACUGUGAGAGAAAACAUGACUAGAGCUGCAAUGAUUAAUCAGUUAGUUGUCUGAAAUUAAUCACCAACUAUGUUUUUAAUCAAUGUAUUAUUUUUUAAGGUAAAAAGACUAAAUUAUUUAAUUACAGCUUCUUAAAUAUAAAUAUGUUCUGGUUUCUUUACUCUGAAUUUCUGAAUUCUGAAUAUCUUUAUUUUAUGGACAAAACACAUCCGAGGACCUCAUCUCAGGCUUAGGAAAACACUGAUCCACACUUUCAACCAUUUUCUAAUGUUUUAAUACAUUUUAACAACUAAUUGAUAAAUAAAGACAAUGUUUGACAGAUUAAAGGAGCACUAUGUAGUUUUGGAGCAGAAAUUCAAACUCAGAAUUGUAAUAUAUACAAUAUUAAUGAGGUAAUAACACAAACUCAUUUAUCUUCUCCCUAUCUGUAUAAAUAAGCUGAGGAAAAUAAGGUCCUCAGAACACUGUCUGAAGCAGGAAACGUGGCAGGGUCCGCCACGUAUAAUCAGAAUCAAACAGGAUGAAAUUGUGUUGGAACUUUAAGUCAGUUUGUUUAUUCAGUUUUAUUCAGUCAUGAAGAGAGUUUGUUUUUGAGUGUGUUUAGGCAUAAAAAAAUGUCAAUCCACUGUGGGAAACUUUUCACCCUUUUCUCAAAGUUUAACGCCAAACAACUAAUCAAUUAAUCCAGAAAAUAAACAACAAAUUAAUUUAAAAAAAUGGAAAUAAUGGUGAGUUGCAGCUUUAAAAAAACAAAAAAACAAACACUGUUUACUGUCAACGUAUUUCUUUUUUUUUUUUUUUGUCAGACUAGCGGCCUCCUGAGGCUGCGAUGCUCAUUAUGCACCAGUGAAGUGAAGAUUGCCAUUAAAAAAGAUUCUGGACCACCACUAGUGGGCGAGAGCGUGAAGCGAUUGACGCUCCAGCAGGAGGUGUGUGUUUGAGGGUUCUGUUCAGCGGUUUUCACCGGAACUGACUCGUCUUUCACCGUCAGCAGCAGCUGCACUCUGAGCUGGAUUAGCGUGGCUCACAACUACACUCAUGGACAGUUUUUGCUUUUUUUUCUUUCCUCAUCAGCACAUCUAGAAACCACUCGCACGUCAACUAACCACUAGUGAAUAGGAGUUUUGGAUGUGAAUUGUUUAAUGGCAGUAGACUGUAAAUGACAUUUUCUGCCUAGGGUGGUGCAGUGCCUGAUACCAUUAUAUAGCAAAUAAAAUAAAAUCCUAUUCCCUUUUAUGAGA